CCCCGCACCGCCCCGCACCGCUCCGCACCGCACCGGGGGGGCUCUCGGGGCCGGGCCGGCAGCGGCGGCAGGAGGACGGGAGGGAAGGACGCACGGACACACGGACAGAGCAGGCAGCAGCGAGAACCGAAGAUGUCGGGUCAGACGCUGACGGAUCGCAUCGCAGCUGCUCAGUACAGCGUUACGGGAUCAGCCGUAGCCAGAGCCGUCUGCAAAGCCACCACGCAUGAAGUGAUGGGGCCCAAGAAGAAGCACCUGGACUACUUGAUCCAAGCAACUAACGAAACAAAUGUGAAUAUUCCUCAGAUGGCUGAUACGCUUUUUGAGCGAGCAACAAAUAGUAGCUGGGUGGUUGUAUUCAAAGCCUUAGUUACCACACAUCAUCUAAUGGUUCAUGGCAAUGAGAGAUUCAUUCAGUAUCUGGCAUCUAGAAACACAUUGUUCAACCUCAGCAAUUUUCUGGACAAAAGUGGAUCUCAUGGUUAUGACAUGUCCACCUUUAUAAGGAGAUAUAGCAGAUACUUGAAUGAAAAAGCGUUUUCCUACAGACAAAUGGCAUUUGACUUUGCAAGAGUGAAAAAAAGGGUAAGCAAAGUUUAGAUACGUAAACUGGUUGGAGCUGAUGGGGUAAUGAGGACAAUGGCUCCUGAAAAGCUACUGAAGAGUAUGCCAAUACUACAGGAACAAAUUGAUGCACUACUUGAAUUUGAUGUUCAUCCAAAUGAAUUGACAAAUGGUGUCAUAAAUGCUGCAUUCAUGCUUCUGUUUAAAGAUCUUAUCAAACUUUUUGCUUGCUACAAUGAUGGGGUUAUUAACUUAUUAGAGAAAUUUUUUGAAAUGAAAAAGGGACAAUGUAAAGAUGCUCUUGAAAUCUACAAACGAUUUCUUACUCGAAUGACCAGAGUAUCAGAGUUUCUUAAAGUUGCAGAGCAAGUUGGAAUUGACAAAGGUGAUAUCCCUGAUCUUACACAGGCUCCUAGCAGUCUUAUGGAGACCCUUGAGCAACACCUAAACUCCCUGGAAGGAAAAAAACCUGGCAACAAAUCUGGGGCUCCUUCACCUCUGAGCAAGUCUUCUCCAGCCACAACUGUUACAUCUCCCAAUUCUACUCCAGCAAAAAGUAUCGAUACAUCUCCUCCAGUUGAUCUUUUUGCAACUUCAUCUACAGCUGCUCCAGUCAGCUCUUCCAAACCAUCCAGUGAUCUUCUGGAUCUUCAGCCAGAUUUUGCGGCUGCUGGGCAAGCGGCUCCAGCAGCCCCUGCUGGAGCAACUUCAUGGGGAGAUAAUCUGGCUGCACUUUCCGGUGUUACCUCUGAGCCACAGAUUUCAGAUCCAUUUGCCCCAGAGCCUAGUGCAACUACUGCUGCAACUACUGAUACUACAACUACUUCAGCUGCUGCUACUACAACUACAACUAUUACUGCUGCCACUGCUGAAGUGGAUCUCUUUGGAGAUUUAUUUGAGUCUGUCCCUGAUGUACCCGCAGCACCUAAACCAGAUGCUACUCCUAGCAUAGAUCUCUUUGGUACAGAUGCUUUUUCAUCUCCACCACAUGGGGCUUCUCCUGUGCCUGAGAGUUCUCUCACUGCUGAUCUCUUAUCUGUGGAUGCAUUUGCAGCCCCCUCUCCUCUACCCACUGCCUCUCCAGCAAAGGUGGAUUCUUCAGGUGUGAUUGACCUAUUUGGUGAUGCUUUUGGAAGUAGUACUUCUGAACCGCAGCCUGCAGCCCAGGCCACUUCUAGUUCCUCAGCUUCUGCAGACCUACUGGCUGGCUUUGGAGGGUCUUUUAUUGCUCCUUCUCCAUCACCAUCCCCGGUCACUCCAGCUCAAACAAGCUUACUACAGCCUAACUUUGAUGCAGCUUUUGGAACAACAGCUCCAACAACUGGCAGUUCAUUUGAUGCAUCAGUGUUUGAUGGCUUAGGUGAUCUUCUUAUGCCAACUAUGGUUCCUUCUGGUCAGUCUAUAGCACCAGCAGCCACUGCAGCAGUCACUCCUUCAGCAGCAAGCAAAGGCCUCGGAAGUGAUCUUGAUUCAUCUCUUGCAAACUUAGUAGGCAAUCUUGGAAUUUCUGGUACCACUUCAAAAAAGGGAGAUCUUCAGUGGAAUGCUGGAGAGAAAAAGCUAACAGGAGGAGCCAACUGGCAACCAAAGGUAGCACCUGCAACAUGGUCAACUGGUGGCGUCCCAAGUGGUCCAUUGAGAGGCUGGACAAUACUGUACAGUACAGGAGCCGUGCCUCCAGCAAGUGGUGUUCCUCCCACAGGAGGUGCUCCACCUGUCGCACAGCCAGGAGCACCAUUUGGGAUGCCCCCAGCAGGAACAGGUGUACCCAUGAUGCCCCAGCAGCCAGUUAUGUAUGGGCAGCCUAUGAUGAGGCCACCGUUUGGAGCUGCCACUGGCCCUGGUGUACAGCUUUCUCCAAGCCCAACUCCUGCUACUCAGAGUCCCAAGAAACCUCCAACAAAGGACCCAUUAGCGGAUCUUAACAUCAAGGAUUUCUUGUAAACGAUAAGCUGCAGUUUUUCUGACUGGAUGACAAAAAUGUGAGUUUGGAGUCUGCAAAUCGAUGCUCAGAGUUUCGAAGUGAGCCACCAGUACCAAACCCAGCGCUUACUCAGACUUUCUCUUACUCCUGAAACGUGUAGCACAGCUGUGAAAGUGAACAUUAGGAAUGUGUACUACCUUAGCUGUUAUCCCUACUCUCUCUAAAUUUGUGUACUUGGGUUAUUUGUGUUUUACAAUUUAAACAAUGGAUGUAUGUUUCUGAUGCCUUCUAGUGCUUUUCUGAACCUAUCCCACAGGGGCAGAUUAUGCAGCUGUUGUUUGGUGAGCCAUUUGGAGCGAUGUCUGUGUUUUUUGAAGGUUUCAAUGUAUAUAACUUUUUGAGGACAUCUAAAAUUUCCCUAAGAUUCAAUUUCUCCUUUAUCUGUUACAAAAUAUAGUGUGAUAAUACCAGAUGGUAAGGAAAACACUUAUGAAAUUGUGUGGAAUACAUUUUUUUCCAGUCACAGGAAUCUCAAUUGUUGUGAAAAAAUGUUUUAUUUUUUGUGGCACUGUAUAUGUUAAGAUAAUUUAAAGUAAUAUAAUGGUAAACUUCCAUAACAAAUACUUUUUCAAUGAUUUUCCAAGAAUGAAAAAUCAUAUCUGAAAGAAAUAUCAUAUUUAUUGCCAUUUCAGUUUUAAAAUAUAUUUUAAUUAUUUAAGUUUUUGCAUUUUAAAUUGGCAUAUUUAUCUAUCAGUUCUUGCUAAAUGCACUGAAAAUAAGUAAAGGGUCAGUUUCUCUCAAUGUAGUUGAAAAAAAAAAGCAGCCAUAGUUGUGUUGGCAUUAAGGGAUUUCGAAUCUGAGAGCACUCUUUGGUAUAUCUGUAGUCAAAACAUUGCAAUUGAUGUUACUCACCUCUGUUUAGUUCUUAAGUACAUCUCUUAAUUUAGUGCUUACCUGUGUAUGCCAUAGGCUAGUGUUUUCUCCAUUUCCCCAAUUGCGCUGUGAGUAGCUUUCGUACUAUUGGUGAUUAGAUUUAAUUCUGAUCCAGAGAUCCAUGCCCUUUACUGUACAUAAUGUGUUUCUUUAAUUUUUAUUUGUUCUCAUACUGUUUCUGCUGAUGGCUUGGCUUAAGAUCUUGACUCUUAAAUGAGGUCACUGUUGAUCAGUGUUACAAGUGGCUUGGCAGUUCUCUGUAAAAGCAUACUGGGUUGGAAAGAUCUUCACCUGAAGUCUUUCAAAUUAACUAUUUAAUCAAUGUAUGGUACCAUUAAAAGUGGUUGUAUCUGAAUUUACUGUGGGGAUAACAUACACCGUAAUGGGAAAGUUCUAUAAAAAGCUAAUUUCAAAAUGGCUCUUCUUUCUUUGUAUUUC